AUGGAGCCUGUGCUGGAGUCCAGCAGUGAGGAGCUCAGAAGUGGAGAGACACAAGAGGAGGAGGCGGAGGAGGUGGAGGAGGUGGAGGAGGCUCUCAGUAAUUUCCAUGUCUCCACUCAGCAGCGUCUCCUGUACAAGGCCGAUGACCUCUGUCCCAAGUCCUACGUGAUGAACUCUCCUGAUGAGACUCGGCUGUUGGCCAUUGCGGACAACUUCCAGCGUCAGUAUUCACACUUGUAUCCUGAGCGCAAGUCGCUGCUGCUCUGCCCUGUCAAUGAGCACGGUGUUAAGAAGUUUGUGUCUACAACUCUUCGGCCCACACCGACCAUCUACCCCGAACUUUUCAGCUGGGAGGGCUGUGCUUCCUUUGUGGCUCACUUCCUGUCUCUGGACCCUCUGGAGCCCCCUGUCGAGCCGCCCAGGAACCUGUACUCCUCCACCUCAGUGCUGCGGAGUCAGAGAGCCACGUGUUUUGAAUAUGCCACCCUGCUGUGCAGCCUGCUGCUCGGCGCCCACUACGACGCCUACUGUGUCAGCGGCUACGCAGUCAAAGAGAUGUGUCUGCUGGACCAGAGCCUGCAGGAGUGUCCUCUGCUGGACACUAAGGUCAAGAGUGUGAUCUCAGAGCAGGAGCCACAGAAGAACAAAUACUCAGUGAAGCCUCUGAGGGAGCUGAAGAGUCACUUUGUGAUGCAGCAAGAGAAGAAGAAACAGGAGGCUGAAGCUGCGCUGCUUCAGAAACAGAAACUGCAGGAGCAGAGUGAGCAGCGACCUGCCGACCCCCUGCGAGGCCUGCGGGUGCACUGCUGGGUGCUGGUGCUGUCAGGGAGUCAGAGCAUCCAGGAGAACUUCUUCAUCGACCCUCUGACCGGGAUCAGCUACAGCACCGCCGACGGCAACUUCCUGGGCAUCGAGAGCGUUUGGAACAAUCUCAACUACUAUGUGAACAUGCAGGACUGCAGGAACAGCUGCGCUGAUAUGCUGUAUGACCUGGAAGAUUUAAAUAUGUGGGAGCCAGUCCUGUACGGUGCAACCAGCAAAAAGCAGCUGAUUCUGGACGUCUUGAAGAAAAAGGAGAGAAAGAUGAUGAGCAGAAUGAACAAAGAUGAGGAGGAGGAGCCGGAGCCCCGGGUUUUUGAGAUGCCAAGAUCCUGGGUCAGUUACAUCACCAUCUCAAAAACAGACCUGGAGACGCGCUGGCCGGGAGGACAGAAGGUGACCCGCUACAGAAAAGCAAAGCUGGAGAAUUCUGCGCCGUACCUGAGGCCAGACGGCCUGGUCACACAGCUGACUACAUACAAAGACCUGGACUGCACUGAGGUUGCCAUGGUGAGGGAGUGGUAUCAACACAGAAACGACCACUUGGAGCAGAGGGAGGUCAACAAGGUCGACCGCUUCACCACGGAGCGCUUUAAACAUGGACGACGUUUCCACCUUUUAUAUCACAGGUACGUGUCCCUGACCGCAGACGCUGUGCACGAGAUGGAGUUCAGCAGGACUCGUGCCGAUGAUGUGGUGCGGAGGUUGGUGUCGCCGGGCGAAAUGACGGAGAUCUUUGAGGGCCGGGCUGACUUCCUGUACUACAGGCACGCCACUUUCAGUCGAGUCCAGUUUUCACAUGUGGACAUCGACCCAGACACUGAACUGCUGCAGGUGGUGGAGCGUUUCCAUAGGAACAGAUCCAAACCAGCCAAUGAAGACGUGGCUGAGCGAGUGUUCCUACUGACUCAACGACGGAUCGAGGUGACCUAUCACUUGGAAGAUCACCGAUUUAUCCCUUCAAAGAGGAGCUUCAUCAAACCACGAGAGUCAACGGAACAGAAGAAGGCCGAGGACUUCACAGCUGACAUGGUCUCCAGCUUCCAGGUGGAUCCAUCUGUGAAGCCUCUUAAUACCCUGACUCUGUAUGAGAUGCUGGUGGCCCUGAUGAAGGAUGAGAAGGAGAUUACUCUUCAGGUCAAACGCUCCAUGAACGAGGUGAGAGACAUCGUGGCCUGCAGAGAGCAGGAGGAGGGAGACAUUCAGCUUCUCUUCUCCCCAUGGACCACAGCAGGAGCUGCCAGGGCCAACAGCCAGAGACAGGAAAUGGAGCGUCUGGCUGUGGAGGAGCAGAGGUGGCUGCAGGAGAAGGAGAAGGACAUCCUGGCUCCCUUUCUGAUCCAGCUGGACAAUGCAGAGACUCUGAGUGCAGAGGACGCCAGGCGGCUCCACCAGGACUGUUUGGCCAACUUUAAACAGAGAAUGGUCGAACACGCCAACCUCAUUCAGGAACGCUACGAAAAGGAGACACAGGAGCUGCAGAGGAAACAGCAGUGGUACCAGAAGCACCAGCUCAACAUGACGAAACAGCAGGAGGACGAGUACCAGACCUACUGCUCCAAGAAAACACUACAGAUACACAUCGCCAAGAAACGGCUCCGCAUGCACAAGGAAGCUGCUCCUCAGACGUACCGUGCUCUCGAUCAGAGGCUGAGAGAAGACCCUCGACUCGCCCCGCACCUGCUCAGCUGAGCCAAACACCUGUCUUCUUUUUAAAGCGUAUGUGGGAUGUGCAGAUUUUUUUACAUGUGUAUACGUUUCCACUGAGGAUGAUGAAGAGAUCCUUUUUUCUUGUUCCUCACAGAUUCAGUAGGGGGCAGGAGUGUGUUGUUUUUCCUCUUUACCAGCUGAUCAACCAAAUUAAGAUUUUUGUAAACAAAACAUAUGAAGAUCUUAUAGAAUAUGAUGCUCUGUUAUAAAUUAA